AUGUCUUCCAUGAUUACGACCACGGCAUGGGUGCCGCGCGGUUUCGCGGCCCCGUUCCCCCAAAAGUACGAGUUUAACGAGGACGAGUUUGAGCGCAUCGCCAAAUUAGCCAAGCUGCAGCUGGAGGAUGCGCAAGAGGACCUCGACGAGGCACGAGAGGAGGGUGAAGGCGAGGAUGAUGGCGAGGCCGAGGGUCAGACAGAGGAUCAGACCGAGGGUGCGGCGAAGAAUGGCAAGACGAGCAAAAAGCCAAAAGCCAACGUAGCCGCCGCCGCCGCCACAAUCGACAUUGACGACGACGACCUGAAGGAGUACAACCUCGACAACUACGACGACGAGGACGACGACGCCGCCGGCGGUGUCAGCGACGGGCAGCCCAUGUCCAUCUUCGGCAACAUCAAGUCGCUGGCUUACUACGAGUCCAAUAAAGACGACCCUUACAUUACGCUGCAGGACGCCAACGCCGAGGACGAGGAGGACGACCGCGAGGACCUGCAGGUGCUGGCAACGGACAACCUCGUGCUGGCUGCCAAGGUCGAGGACGAGCUGGCGCACCUCGAGGUCUACGUGUACGAGGACGAGGCCGACAACCUGUACGUCCACCACGACAUCAUGCUACCGGCCAUCCCGCUGUGCGUCGAGUGGCUCGACCUGCCCGUCGGCAAGCCCAGCGCGGCCGCGGGCGCCGUCGCCAACUUUGUUGCCGUCGGCACCAUGGACCCGGACAUUGAGAUCUGGGACCUGGACACGGUCGACUGCAUGUAUCCCAACGCCAUCCUGGGCCAGGGCGGCAAGGCCGGCGAGGCCUCUGCGGGCGCAGGCGACGAGAAGAAGAAGAAGAAGAAAAAGAAGAAGAGCAAGGCCAAGGCCAACGACCACUACCACGUCGACGCCGUGCUGUCGCUCGCCGCGAACCGCAAGCACCGCAACCUCCUGGCCUCGGCGUCGGCCGACACGACCGUCAAGCUCUGGGACCUCAACACGGCGACGUGCGCCAAGUCCUACACCUACCACACCGACAAGGUCUGCUCGCUGGCAUGGCACGCCGUCGAGUCGACGGUGCUGCUGAGCGGCAGCUACGACCGCACGAUUGUGGCCGCCGACAUGCGCGCGCCCGAGGCCACGCGGCCGCGCUGGGGCGUGGAGAGCGACGUCGAGAACGUCCGCUGGGACCCCCACCACCCCAACUUCUUCUUUGUGUCGACCGAGAACGGCAUCGUGCACUACCACGACGUGCGCAUGGCGCCAGCCGACCCGACGCAGACCAAGGCGGUCUGGACCCUGCAGGCACACGACGAGUCGGUGUCGUCGUUUGAUGUCAACCCGCACAUUCCCGGCUACAUGGCCACCGGCUCGGGCGACCGCACCGUCAAGCUGUGGAACAUCCAGGCGUCCGGUCCCAGCAUGGUCGUGUCGCGCACCCUCGACGUCGGCAAGGUCUUCUCCACGCAGUUUGCGCCUGAUCCGGAGGUGGCCUUCCGCCUGGCUGUGGCCGGCAGCAAGGGCAACCUGACGGUGUGGGACACGAGCACCAACGCCGCCGUGCGCCAGGCAUUUGCGUCCAAGUUGCCGAACGCGGCCGACGGCGACGUGGAGGAGCGCAUGAUUGGCGUCGAGGACGACGACAGCGAGGAAAGCUCCGAUGACGAGGAGGAGGGUGAGGAGGGCGAGGGCGGCGUGGCUGUUGGCAAGGGCAGCGAUGACGACGACGAUGAGUCGAUGGGUGAGGACUGA